AGCCACUCUCUCCUCCAUUCCUCCUUCCCUCCAUCCUCCGAGACACUGCUCUGCCUCCUCAUUAAUUCUAUCUUUGUACGGUCUUUGACUCCCAAACGCUCAUUUGUACUGCCGUUACACAGUCUCCUAUAUCCCAAAGCUAACGCCGUCACCAUAAUGGGUGGAGAAGCUCCGCAUCUUGCCCCCACCCCAGCCUCCCGAUCGCUGCCACGACUAGCCGAGCGGCCAGUUGGCCAGCGCAUCACCAAGCUCUAUACCGAUAGGCUGCGCCAGUUCACAGCAAAUGGCCAAUAUGAAGGCCAGAACCUCGUAGCGAAAUACUACGAAGCAGUCAACUCCGACAGCGACCAUGUCAAGCUGUCAGUCUACUCGGUUCCAAAUCUGGAACGCCCGACGUUCAAGGAAGCGACGUCGAAUGAAUUCAGACCGACUCAUGUGGGCGAAUCAUUCGGUCCAAGCUGGUCAACACAUUGGUUUCGCAUUCAGCUUACGGUUCCCUCUGACUUGCUGAAAAAGGAGCGACUGGAGUUCCACUGGGAUGCCAACAACGAAGGCUUGGUAUGGACCGAGGAUGGACACCCUUUGCAGGGAUUGACCGGUGGGGGAGAUCGAACUGAAUGGAUCAUCCCGGACGCCUGGCGUGAUGGGAAGCAGCAUACCUUCUAUAUCGAAAUGGCCUGCAAUGGCAUGUUCGGUAACGCCCCUGGCGGCGAUUCGAUUCAGCCACCCAACCCGGACAAGUACUACCAGCUCAGCAAAGCGCAAAUUGUGGCGGUCAAUCUGCAGGCACGGGCGCUCUACUACGAUUUCUGGAUUAUCGGCGAUGCUGCUCGCGAGUUCCCCGGUGACUCGUGGGAGGCACACGAGGCUAACAUGGUGGGCAAUGCUAUGAUAGAUGCUUUCAUUGCGGGCGACGGGAGCCAAGAGUCUAUUAUAGAGGCUCGCAAAAUUGCGCAAAGGUACCUGGGAGACAAGGUAGACUCCGCAGAUGUCUAUGCACCCGAUACAGAUCCGUAUGUCUUUGCGAUCGGCCAUUGCCACAUUGAUACUUGCUGGCUCUGGCCCUGGGCGGAGACCAAGCGCAAGGUUGCAAGAUCGUGGUCCAAUCAGUGUGAUUUGAUGGAACGGUAUCCCGAGCAUCGCUUCACCGUAUCCCAGGCCCAGCAGUUUAAAUGGCUGAAGCAAUACUACCCGUCUGUAUUUGACCGAGUGAAGCGAUGGGUGCGAAAGGGCCAUUUCCAGCCUAUCGGAGGCAGCUGGGUCGAGCAUGAUACCAACAUGCCCAGUGGCGAGUCACUCGUCCGUCAGUUCAUCUACGGACAGCGCUUUUUUGAAAGCCACUUUGGCAAACGAGUCAAUACUUUCUGGCUGCCAGACACAUUCGGAUAUUCGACACAGAUUCCACAGAUCUGCCGACUUGCGGGAAUGAGCCGCUUUUUCACUCAAAAAUUGAGUUGGAACAACAUCAAUAACUUCCCACAUACCACCUUCCAGUGGGUUGCACUCGAUGGUAGCCAAGUGUUGUGCCACAUGCCCCCCUCGGAGACCUAUACGGCCGAGGCUCAUUUCGGCGACGUCAAGCGCAGUGUUACUCAGCACAAGUCAAUGGAUAAAGACAAAUCGUCCUUGCUCGUCUUUGGCAAAGGAGACGGUGGUGGUGGCCCGACCUUUGAACAUCUGGAGAAGUUGCGUCGAUGCCGAGGCCUCAGUGAUAAGAUUGGUACUCUUCCCAAGGUUAAGAUGGGCGAAUCGGUUGACGAUUUCUUUGCAAAGUUGGAAGCAAAGGCUGCCAACGGCACCGAGUUCGCAACCUGGUAUGGCGAGCUGUACUUUGAGCUGCACCGCGGCACCUACACGACUCAGGCCAACAACAAGCGCAACAACCGCAAGUCGGAAUUUUUGCUUCGCGAAAUUGAGCUUCUAGCUACAUUGGCUACCCUUCGAGGCUCAGACAAGAGUUACAAGUACCCCAAGGAGCACAUCGAUGAAAUGUGGGAAGGGACCCUUCUCUGCCAGUUUCAUGAUUGCCUGCCGGGCAGUUCUAUUGAGAUGUGCUACGAUGACUCCGACAAGCUGUACGCUGGUAUUUUCAAAACGGGUCAGAAGCUGCGCAAGGACGCUCUCGCAGCAUUAGGAGUCACUGGAAGCACUGGCCUAGUGGCUCUGAACACUUUGCCUUGGUCUCGUUCAGAAGUUGUGAAGAUUCCUGCUCCCUUGGUUGCUUCCGAUGGAUCCAAGUAUGCUCUGGUUGAUGGCUCGACGGGUGUGAUUGCAUGCCAGCCAGUUGAUUUCAAGGCCACCGCUAGGGUCACCGUCUCUGAAGUUCGGCCUGGUGUAUUCCGGCUCCAGAAUGGCAAACUCAAGAUCGACAUCCAAGACGGCGUUAUCGUCUCUCUGUUCGAUAUCGAUGCCCAAAGAGAGGUCAUCUCCAAGGGUGGCAAGGCUGGUCAGCUGGUCAUCUUCGAUGAUAAACCUCUUUACUGGCAAGCCUGGGAUGUGGAGGUAUUCCACCUGGAAUCGCGAAAGGAGCUUCCCGUCAGCAAGACGUUCAUUGCAGAAGACGAUCAGAACCGAGCCAGUGUCGUGACCGAAACGAAAAUCAGUGACAAGAGCUGGGUGAAAACCACCAUUAGUCUUUCAGCAUCUGUCUCUUCCGAGCCUUCCAUCGUCGAAUUUGAGAGCGAAGUCGAGUGGCAUGAGACCAUGAAGUUCCUCAAGGUUGAAUUCCCAGUUGAUGUGACGAACACCGAGGCUUCUUACGAAACUCAAUAUGGUAUUGUCCGACGCCCGACUCACUAUAACACAAGCUGGGACAUGGCCAAAUUCGAGGUCUGCUGUCACAAAUGGGCCGAUCUAUCUGAACACGGAUACGGUGUCUCGAUUCUUAACGACUCCAAGUAUGGUUUCGCUACAUGCGGCAACUUGAUGCGCCUCUCGCUGCUCCGUGCUCCCAAGGCCCCAGACGCCCAUGCCGACAUGGGCCGCCACCACAUCCGCUACGCCAUUCUUCCCCACUCAGGUAAUCUUGAUGCCCGCACUGUUCGAGCCGGCUAUAACUUCAAUCACCCGCUGGUCAUCGAGCAGGGCAGCUCCCAAAUUUCCAGGUACAAUGCUGCCUUCAAUGCUGUUUCCGUUCAGGGCGGGUCAUCUAUCAUCUUGGACGCUGUCAAGCGUGGCGAAGAUGAUGAGGAUGUCUCUACCGGUGGCAUUCCCGCUCGCCCUGGCAAGAGUGUCAUUCUGCGCGUCUACGAGUCCCUGGGCGGAAAGGCCCGUGGCUCGAUUCACAGCUCGUUGCCUGUCAAGCGAGUCUGGAAGUGUAAUGUUCUCGAAGAUGACGAGGAGGAACUGGAGAUUCAGAAGUCCAAGGAGGGAUCGGUCACGGUUGACAUCGAGGUACGAGCGUUCGAGAUUGCUACCUAUCGGCUCCAGCUCUAAGCUUUUCAUGCACUACGGAUUUGUUCGGGGGUAUCAUGUUGCUAGCCCCCAGCGGUUAGUCUCGUUAUGAAAAAAAAAUCGCAUUUUCCCUUGCAUAAUAAUAUGAAAGCAAGUAUUGUAUGCAACGUAUAAUGUAGUCUUUUGAGCCGUGAUGUACAUGAAGGGUAAUUGGGACGAACAGCCCCCGUUUUUGUCAGCGCCUAACCCUUCACCGAGUCAACUCCUUGAUAUCAAUAACCUCCCAAACUCCAAGUGCAACCCAUAAAAAAAACAGAGAUGGAAGCGGGGACUCGGCGCAACCGACUAAUCUCGUCCAUAGCUGAUCUUCAAUCGUUUCACAGGCGGCUUGGAAUCCGCAUCAUCUGAAAGAUCAUCGUUCUGGUUCUUUCCCUUGGUAUUCUUCGAGCCACCACUGGCCUUCUUCUUAUUUUUGGAUGAGCCACCGCCACCGGCUUUCGAUGCCGUCGUAGAGUCACCGCCAGUGCUCUUGUUUGAAGGUGCGUUCCCACCCGCUGUGGAGGUCGGAGUUGCAGCGUGAGAUGGGGUCGUUUGUGCGGAGGAUGGGCCGGGGGAAUCCUAUCGACAGAAACAGAAUUAGCGUUAGCGAUUAGAAACUUUGUUUCCGUGUUUGAGGUUGCCGUAGUCCUACCAGCAUGUAGCUUGCCG